AUUCAUAGGGUCAUGUUUCGUACCAUUUCGAGCUAUUCGUUGAUAUCAUGUAUAAAGCAAAUAGUGAACUUGUAUCUCAGUGGCUCACUGAAAUAAGGGUUCUUGAUGGGGGGUUUGGAACAGAAAGUCAGAAAUUAUCAAAUCUACAAAUAAAAGGACAUUUGGCUUGGAGUUCCAGAUUAUUAAUGGACGACCCAGAAUUAGUUGUUAAAAUACACAAGUCCUUUUUGCAUGCUGGUUGUGAUGUGAUUUCUACGAACACCUAUCAAGCAGCGCCCUCAACCUUGGUGAAGGCACUUGGUAUAAAUGAUGGAGAAGCGAAAAACCUUAUGCGUACUGCUGUACAUCUAGCUCAAAGAGCACGUGAGGAAGAAAAUAAUUCAGAUAAUGCAAGUGAAUUCCAACGAAAAUUGCCUGUUCUUAUUGCCGGAUCUUUAGGUCCAUACGGAGCAUGCGUUGCUGAUGGAUCAGAGUAUACUGGGACGUAUGCAAACAAAGUUUCAUUCACUGAACUAGUGGAAUUUCACUUAUCAAGAGCACAAAUUUUAUUGGAGUCAGGAGCAGAUUUCAUAGCAUGGGAAACUGUUCCACUUUUAAAAGAGGUUUCAUCAAUAUGUGAAGUUAUGCGCAGACUACCAUCGGCAUGUUGCUGGAUAUCAGUUUCGUUACCAGAUGGUAAAGAAACAUCCGGUGGGGAUUUACUAGCUUCAGUCGCGUGUGAGGUAGCAAAGUGUGAACAGGUUUUCGGUGUUGGAGUUAAUUGUAAUAUACCACAUGAUUGUAUUGGUAAGGGACUUGCUAACUUAAAUUCACAAACAUGUAAAGAAUCAGAAAAUACUUCAAGUAAAUUACUAUUAUUUUACGCAAAUGAUGGUCGUUUAUGGAUACCUAAUAAUGGCGAUAAAAAGCAAGAUCAUUUUGGUGAUCAUCUACAAUACAAUCAUGAAAGUUGGUUUCAAAACACCAUCAAAUGGGCAAAACGUCGUGAAAUUUCAGAUGAUGAACAAUUACAUUAUUCAGUAAAUUAUAAACCUCCUUUGGCUCAGUGGGUUGGUGGAUGUUGUAAUGUUGGACCUGAACGUAUAAGAAGGCUUGCAAAAUGGAUGAAACCUGAUGAAUUUAUUUGCUGACUGAUGCUUGAUAUUUGACUAACUCUUAGAUUAUAUGAUUGUUUCAACUAUCCUACUUCAUUCAUGCUUUACUUUGUAUGAAUUAAGCAGUUUUAAACGAACAGUUCGAUGAUUAAAUAUAUUGCGUGAAUUGUACACUUAUUUAAUGAACUUUGUGGUAAAAAUUAUAAUUUAUUGAAACAUGAGUAUUUAGGUAACUGUUUUCAUGUAACUCAGAUUAAAUGUAUUGACUGAUACUAACCAUUAAGACAAAAUAGUAGUAUAACCUAGUACAACUACAUAUAUAACUAAAUAUGCAUAUCCAACGAAGAUAUAGAAAUACAAUAAAAAAAGAACAUGUAUUUUUCUGAAAAAUCAAAGAAUUAAUUUGCACAUAGUAAAUACAUUUGGUGGGCAUUUUUUAUGCUACAAGUUUUAUACAUCCUUUUAAUAAUUUCCACUCAUUGCAAUCACUUGGAUACAAUCGUUUCGGAUAGAGUUUCGU